AUGCCACCGUCCACCGUCUUCUCUUACUGGCGCCGAGACCAUCGGCGUUCGUCCGCGGCUGCUUCCUCGCCCGCACCCUCACCAGCUGCUCCGGGGCUAAAUGGCAGUGCAACAAACAGCCCUCCUCAGCUUCCAGAGCUUCCGGAUGCGCCAAUCCUCACUACCACCUUUGACGAUCGCUCACCGCACGAUGAGCUCCUCUCGAACGAGUCGCCGAUGGUCAUCGAUACCUCCAAGCUAAACAUCAGCUCCUCGACCGCGCCGCUAUCCUCCUCCCUCUCUCUUGCGGUCCCGUCGCCAGCAUCCGAAAAAGACACUCGUCCACAUUCUAGCCCCGGCAACUGCGGGGAAGACAUCUUCGCCUCUCCGUCGAACAAUUCUCAGCUGUCUGUCACGGGUCUAAGGCCUGACCAAGGGGACGGUGAGACAAAUUCGAAACCGAGCUCGCCGUUUCGACGUUCGUUCGGCAAGCAGAAACGUUCGCCAACGGCGGUAGCGGGGUCGGGUCAUUUCAGGUUCAGGACUUCGCCGGAAGAAUCGCCAGCCGAUAAACAAGUCAUGUCGCAGAAGGAUCUCAAGGUGGAUGGUAGCACCAUUGUCCGGCGGACUGGAGAUCGUGAUGUGUCGGUGGAACAAACAUAUCACAAGCCAGGCAAGGCCAUGCUCCAUCUUCUGAAUCCGAUGUCUCUUCUUGCCCGCAGGCGAUCCUCGCAGCUAGUCAGUUCCCGGGCAGAAGAUGUCAGGAUUCAAAGCCGCAAUGUCCCUGCUAUGCCGGAUGAUUAUGAUCCCAGAAUUCGUGGCAAUAUUGUCCAUGAUUUCUCAGCGCCACGACCUCGCCGUAAUGUCUCUGCUAUGCCGCAGGAUACCAACGCCAAUACACAAGAUACUUCACCUCCACAAAUACCAAACCAAUCUCAGGGUGCUCGCUGGAACGAUCAGACCAAACGGCACAGUGAUCAUUCGCCUGUUUUCAAGGAACAUUUCGAGGAUCAGACUGUUCUACAGGUGGAAAGCAAAGGUUAUCUACAAUCAUCUCUUUUGACGGGUCAACACCAGCCUAAUGACAACUCAUUGCCGGUUUUCGCCCGAAAUCUACCUUCUCAUCUACCGGAAGCAGGUCAUGAGGUUCUGGAAAAACCCGAGCCAGAUGCGAUAAAAGCUACACCAAGUCCACCUAGAGCGACCUCACAUGCUCAUCCACAGCAUUCCCAAGAUCAAGAUACCAUCCCGAAUGUGCCCUUUAAUCCCUCGGCCUUGCCGAAACAUCUCAAGAGCAACGCUUCUCGAUUCAGUUUUGAUAUGAGCGGAGUGGAGUCGUCUGCACAAGAAAAAAUGCUGGAGGAGAAGCACAAGGCGAAGGAAGCCUCUCGCAAACUGGAAGAUGGUUACUUCGAUGACUUUGACGAGGAUUUUGACGAUGACAUGAUGGAUGACCUCGACGGGCUGGAAGAAAAGAUUCCUGGCGUCAAUACCGAUGCUGAUGACGAAUUCGACGAUUUCUCCCCUCGCGAUAUCAACGAAGUUAAAUCCUGGGCCGCCCCUGGGCUGUCACCUGUCAUAGCUAGCCCAAUUACUUCUGCGCCAGCAGAUCUUACAACGAAUUCUCACGUCAACUCUCAUCUCUCCGAGGUCACACCGUCAGACGAUAGCUGCCGCGAGCAACCGCCAGAGGAGGAACCAUCGCUGGUAGCCAACCCUCAUUCGGCCGUGAGACCUCCUGAGUUUCCACCUGCGAACCAGCCCGAACAGAUCCUUGAUGAUGACGAUGAUCUUUACUUUGAUGACGGUGAUUUCGGAGAACUUGAUGUUGACAACCAAAACGGAGGAUUCGAUGAAUCUAUAUUCGACGAUGAAACCAGUCAUUUGUACGAACGUAAAGUGGUGGGCGCCCCUGCGGCACCUCCACCGGCGGAAAACAUAUGCGCAGGUGACGACGACUCUUCGUCAGAGAGAGCAAGUCCCAUAGCAGAAUACGCGGAGCAGGGACUGCAGCACAGGCCUAGUGUGGCCAGUGAUUACCAGGCUUCCGGAUUGAAGCGUGGGCCGCUCGGCGAGCCAAUCCCAAAUCUGGGCCCUGCACGCACCCAUGGGGGUGUGCUCACAGAACAAAAUCUGGAUAUCUUGCACAACGCGCUAGCUUUCGCAGCCAACGAAACAUCUCAUAGUGGGCGCUUCGAGCGCACAUUCAGCACCAGCGACAGAUCCCAGGGGCAAGAAAGUGCGGCCCAAACAUCGCAGACAAUAGAUUCGCAGCCAGGUCUAGUCUCUGACAACAGCCGGCUCACCCAGGCUAUGGAUAACAUGACCUUUGAAGAUGUCUUCGAUGGCCCGGUAUACGAUGAGCUAAUCUACGAUGACAUCGAUGAUUCCUAUUUCGACGACGCCAUCGUUGCUGCUGCUAACGCCGAAGCUCUCGAGAACGAUGAUGAUGGCUUCUAUGGCCAAGAGUUCGGUUUCUACGCAUACGCCGAUGGUAACGGCACCUCCGAGCUGACCAACGGUGGAUACUUUGGUCCGCGACGCGUCGAAGGCAUCACGCGCAGCCACAGCAGCCGUGGCAAAUUCCAGGAGCCCAGCUUGACCCCUAUCACUGAACGAAGUGAGUGGAGCACCCGCAAUUCGAUGAUCUCGGUGAAGGCCCACGGAAGUACCCACCCGAAUUCAGCCCUAGCAAGCCCCGGCCUGGCCCAGCUGGUUGAUAUGGGCAAUCUGGAUGAUGAGAUGUCGCUAAGCGCGCUCAUGAAGUUACGCCGUGGUGCAUGGGGUGGGAGCAAUGGUAGCCUACGAAGCAGUGCAAGUAGCCCACCACCACAUACUACGCUCUCGCCUUCUCACCGCACAAGCUUCAAUGGCGCAGAAGCAAGUCCUACCGUCUCGGACGCGAGACCUUUUAGUCCUGAUGAGGGCUCAUCCAACUCUGUUGGUUGUUUUUAUGACGACAGUCAUAUGCGCACCGCUUCCCCACUCUCGGGACGCCCGGAGUAUGAAGAAAUCCCGGUCGGUGGACAGCGACUCAAUAUGGUGUAA